AUGGAAUUGCCAUUCGAUGCGCCAAAAGAUGAUCCGCAUGACAACCUCAUAUCUCAGAGCCCUGCUGCCUCUGUGUAUCCUCCGCCGGCGUCCCAAUUCUACGAGCUCGGCCUGAAAAGUGACGACCCCUCCUUUAGGGAGGCCUUAAAGCAGGCUGCUGACGAGAUGUCUACGCUAGUACAAUCCAACAACGCCCUUGAUGCGAGACUGUCGGCCAAAGAGGACGAGCUUGAGAAGAUGACACGACAUUGGAGGAAUGAGAACGACUUACUCAGACACGCUCUGAUCGAGCACGAGGAGAGACUGAACCAUGAUGAGCGAGUAACAGAAGAAACCGAAGAGAAUGCUCGUCAGCAACGCAUUGAACUCAGCCGAGAGAAAGCUUGUGUGAGUCGACUUCAGGCCAAAGAAGAGCGCUACUUGGAGCAACUUUCGGAAUUUGUCGAGGAGAAGGAAGCCUUGGCCUUUCAAAUCACCAGAUUGAAGGAGGAGAUCGCCGACGCAAGAAGAUCCAAGAAGUUGCUGCAACGAGACUGCAGAAAAGCUCAGAACAAGGCCGGCGAAACUGUGGAGCUCAACAGAAGUCUGCAAGGGCAACUCGAGAGGAAGACAUUGCAGAUCUGCGAGCUCCACAAGAAGAUUGAGCUGCUGCUCGGUCAUCAAGCCGCGCGAGAACGCAUACUUGCCGACAUCACGAGCAUGUUCGCGCGUUCUGAAGGAGAUCUGGAUCGCUGGGAAGUUGAGCUGCGGAUGCUGUUCAGGUCAGGACAUCGGCAGGAGUCGACCGUGAGCCGCGUUUCGUUGUCCGAGACCAUGCCCGAUCUUGACACAGAGUUGUCGAGAGCAUUCGAGACAUCUAAAGACACGCGACACGAUCGAUUCAGGAGAGCUUUUAGUUCACCUAAUUUGAGCGCCGCUCGGCAUAUGAGUCGCAGUCUCGCGCCGAACGAAGUCCCAAUUCAAUCAAGCUCGCCUUUGCCUGGAUCCAUCCAGCACUCUGACAUUAUUACCUCACUUUCGUUGCGGCGCAGCACACAAACCUCAAGGCCCCACACGCCCACUCGGCACCUCACAUCGCGGCCACACGAACUACCACGAGCGGCAAGUCCCAUUACAUCUUCCAUACAUUCACAGACGCCCGUAGAUAAGCAUAGAGUCGAACGGCAAGUUGCAGAGCUUGACGCUAGGGAUAAUGCCACCGAGGAAGACCUCGUAGGGGGAGCGAGUCUUCUCGAGGAGCUUCACGAACUGGGAGAAGAUGAGACGGUCUUUGAUGAAACUGGAUAUUCCGGGCACGAUCAUGCUCCAGAAAUCUCGAAUCCCUCGGACCAUGCUGAGUCGUCGGAAGGAUACGACAGUGCCGGCCAUAGUCGAAUCGUUGACGCCCCUCCCGGAGGGCAAACCCUCCAUUUUCACUCUCAAGAUGAUAUCGAGCCUGCCCAAAAGCGGCACCAGUCUGUGAAAGCACCGGUGUCCACGCUGGUCUCUAUUCCGCCAAUCCUCAUCAACGCAGGACAAUCUGCCGAGCUCAGCUCGACAUCUCCAUCUAUCACUAGCACGGAACAGAAUAGUCCUGGCUUCGUACAGCUUUCGGAUCGCAACGCUCCAUUUGGUUCAAAGCCCUCUUUGUCGCAACCAGCACCAUCCGCUCUCGCAAGUGGAGCUCUUCCGCCCUCGCAGUCGCCUCGCACCACUGGCAAGGUUCACAGUGCGGUCCAAACUAUUGAAUCACUCUAUCUCUGGCCGAGCCAGCAUCAUGUCGACUGGACUUCGAAACGACAUCCCAAGUCUCUCAGACUGGGCUCGAACACAGACUGUAUGCGGUGUUGUCAGACUUAUAACAAAAUGCCGCUUCAGGCCGAAACUGCCAGAUCAGCUGCUCGACAGAAAGCAUACCUCAAAUUAAAGCCUGUGUCGAUUUCAGUACAUCGACAGAAGCUUCGUAGAACUCAUUCUACGUCGGACGUGCUUGAGAGGAGAGUAGGCCUUGAAGUUGAAGAUUUCCAGUCUUCUUCACCUUUCGAACCCCCUGGAACUCGUACACCUCGUCCACCAUCCGGCAGCCAGCUGGAGGAGAUUGAAACUCCAGAUCUUGUCUGGGAGUCUCAAGAAACGCUCGUUGGCGCGGAUAUCAAUGGCGGUGUGGAGUCCGAAGUGCUGAUAUCCAAAACGCAGCUCCUGGAGGACCAAGAAAACUGGCAAAUGGAUUUGAGGUCGGACUCAAGCACUAGCUUGACUGUUUUAUCACCACCUUCUGCAUCGUCGAGUCAUGACGAAUCCAUGGGCCACAGUGAUGAAGAUCGCCUAGUUACCAAUCUAGCCGAGGAGGACGAUAAGCAAGCGCACGAUUGGCAGGUUGCGAGGCUGGAGCGGAAGAAGCCUUUCCUGAAAGAGAGCGCGCGUGUUGUUCUCAGCCGCGGCGUCGACCGUCUACUCGAUGUGCCUGCCAAGGCUAAUGUUCCUCUCGAGCUGGCGGACGAUACCUCCUUUCUAUUCCGUGACCUCUGGCCGCGACAAUGGAGCCAAUCUUCGCACUCAUCGUCAGAUGUCAGCAAUGAAAGCAAUGGCCCCGCUGACCUCGAGCCUGCCAUAGAUAAUGCGUUGUCCUCUAGCAGCUCUUUGGACGACGUCCCCUCGACGGCUGCUACACUCCUGCACUCCGAGAAGAUCUUCGUAGGAAUAACACAAAAGCCACGGUCAUCUUCGACGCACUUCGCCCCAGAAGAGAUCGUGUACACGGAGACCAUGUCAGCAUCACCGACCAGUACAAGGCGAGGGGCAGUUUCCGAUAUGUUCUCAGAGGGAGCAGCCCGUGCCAGCCUGGUCCAUGAGCCAAGUCUUCCAAGUCUGCCUAGGCGACGUGUAGCUAGAAGUGCUAGCAACGAUAGUGCUGUGACCAGACGACGGUGGACCAGUAGUCCAUCUGAUUCAAGCUCAAGCUCAGGUUCGAAAACCGAUUCGAAAUGUAGCAAAGAUACCAUUCCUUCAUCUCCACCACUCGAUGAUACCCGUCCGGAUAACGUUAGCUGGCCUUCUCGUUCGUCAUCAUCCUCGUACGCAUGGGAAUCGGCGGACGACCAGCAACUCCAGGUCUCUGAAGUGUCGCCAGUUGCACAAGAUCUCGAAGCGCACACUCGCCAAUCUGCCAAGAACAGCUUUGCCGACAUUUCAACUCACCCAUCGAUGCUGACCAAGCACCUUGGAGCUUGGAUCACUUCCGUGGACUUGCAACACAGGGACAGUACGGGUAUCAGACGCGUUAACAGCUUUCCUGAGGAGCUCAACCGGAGGGCAUCGCUUGCAGAGUGGCUCCCGGAUGAUAAAGAUCCGUUCUCUCCUUCAAGGACGAUUUCGCCGGAUGCAGAGUCAGACUGUAUCACGAAGGAUGAGUUGGCUAGGAAACCCGAAUCUCUUCAAUCAAAGCGCCGCCUGAGUGUCCUGAGUUCUGCUCCGAAGAUUGCUCAACGUUCCCAAGUUACGAACAAGCCAAAGAACCGUGGACCACGAUGGAGUCGAGCACUAGUUCGGCCUCAUGUGAACGGGGACCUGACGCCUGCAUCUAGACGCGCCCGGCACACACGCCAAUCCGGAAUAGGCACUCCAGUACGGCCUCUGGGAGUUUUGCCAACCACGACGGCUCCUGCCCCAGCUGCAUCAAAAACCCCUACCCGCAGAGCAUCUGCGUCAUCUUCACCGACGAGGAAUAUGACUCCACUAGGUCCUCAGAACCUAGCUGGCGCACUACGCUGGCACGUCGAAGAUUUCUUCUCGUUGAGGAAUGGUAGGGAGUGGAAGAUAACCUUUCCCGCCAACGACAUAACAUUCAUGCGCUCACAAUCCCAAGAUGCUGAUACAUCCGCUAUGCCGCAGUCUCAGCCCAUGGAUAAUGGCCAUAUUGUGAUGCGGAUUGAGGAGGAGCCGCUGCAAGCGCCUGGCAAUGACAAGCCUGUGCCCGAGGGUGGUGAUGACGAUGCUGGCUCGGAUUUCGAAGAUGCUACUGAAGCCUCUGAUAGCUCCUUCGAUACCGCAGUGGAACAGGGCAACCCUACUCUGAAUGCGCCCCAGGACUUGCCCCUCGUGGAUCGUCAUCACUUUGGCCGAGGUUCUGUAUGGUCUGAUCCCGGACUAUCGGCUCCUGGACAGUCCGAGGCUGCCGAUGGAGAGCCACAGGCAGUAUCCACAAGCAACAAGAAGAGCAAAGGCGCCUUUGAAAGCAUCAAGUGGAUGUUUGGUAUGCUUCAGGUGCUAUUUGGUAUUCUUCGGAUACUAUUGGCUAUGCUUCAGAUGCUCUUCGAUUUGCCUCGGAAGCUAUUCCAAGUGCUCUAUUGGCCCCUCCUCAUCACGCUGCUUCUCAUCACGUGGGAUCAAAAACAGGUGUGGUUUGAAGCAAAUGCGAUUGAGUACCGCAAUGCAGCUGUGAGGAUGCACAAUACGGAACGAUGGGGCCACCCGUGGUUAGAGAAGCAGGUGUUCGAGCUAGUCAGGAAGCUGGACCUGGUUCACGAGGUUUAUGGAAUGUAA